UGGGAAAAGCGUAGUGUACGAUCAUAGAGGCGAAAUGGUCAACGUAGAUUUAAGAGGCUUGCUGGACGAAGGGGCUGGACGUGGAACAGGAAUCACACGAGAGAACACGAACGACGAGGAAGCAGAUGAUGAAAAUGCAAGUAGCUGUGCGAAUUGUGCUAAUUGCGCAGCAGCUAAACAAGCAAGUCCGAAAACAUCAGGAGUGGUAAAGAACCCAGCAAAGACCACUGGCAACAGCUCAGCUGCCGACCAAAGUGUUAACGCGGGAACAGCAGCUGCAGCACAGAGCAGUAAUGCACCUGCUCCUCAUCCUGACAGCC